AUGCCUCAUGUGACCCAGCGGCUCAAGCGCAAGCGGAUACAGCGAGAGAUGGAACAGAACUCCGAGCUACAGAGGAAAUAAAAAGGAGAGGAAGGAAAUCCUUCACAUUUUUUCAUGCAGUAUCACUGUAAGGUGUGUACUGAGUUUGGCCUUUUAAUACUAUUUAUUUAUGCAUUUAGCCACUUUAAAUGAUUUCAUUAUAAUGGUUUUCUAUGGGAGUAAAAUGCUUAACAUGUAAUUUAGCAUGUUUGCACAUAUAUUCUGGGCUCAGCUGCUUGCCACGUAUUACAUUUUAUUAACAAACUAUAUACCGAAUUUAGUCUAUUUAUUUAUUUGGUCUUUAGCUCUGUCUUCCUCCAUUGCACCAUAUUAAAUGUUUUUAUAUUGCAAUGAGAGAAAAUGAAAUUCAGCGUGUUGCAUUCAUGUUCUGGGUUCAUCUGCUUACCUGUACAUACAUAGUAGGCCUAUAUAUUUUUAUAAACUAUACCGAAUUGGGCCUUUUCAUAUCACAGUUUUUUUAUUGCAAUAAUAACAAACAAAUAUUACAGUAUGUAGCCUAUAAAACAAAGAGAAAAUACAGUACGUACAUAACAUACGAAAAUCCUUUCAAUACUAAACGAGUUAUUGUUUAAUAGGCCUAGUUCUUUUUCAUAUCACUGUCUUCAUUCAAUAAGCCGCUUAAGUUAAACUUUUCUUUACAAUGGUUUUCUAUGGGAGGAAAAUGCAUAAUGUGAAAACUUUGAGAGUUGCUUUCAUAUUCUGGGCACAUGCUAACUUGUAGGCCUAUAUCUAGUUUGCAAAAUUAAUAAGGUGUAUACUGAGUUUUGUCUUUUAAUAUUACGUUCUUCAUUAAGCUACGUUAAUUAUUUUUAUAACUCUUUUCUAGGAAAUACUUAAAAUGAAACUGUGCAUUGCUUUCAUGUUCUGGGCUCCUCUGCCUGUAAAGUCCUUUUAGAAAGGCAAAUAAUAUCCGCAUAGCUUUAAAGUGAAUAUAAUAUUAGUCACAUCAACAUUUAGUAUUGUUAAUUUUUUUAAUUGUUGUUGGUCAUUUAAAUGUAUGUUUUUUUAAAUGACAGUUAUCAGUAUCGUUAUCGGAAUUGGUAUCGGCGAUACUGGCCCUGUAUUUACUCGGUAUCGGAUCAAUACCAAAAUUUGCAAUAUCGCACACCCCUAGUGUGAAAAGAUGGAUCUCAAAAUCAUACAGUCAUUGUUAGAAAGGGUUCAAAUAGACAAAAAUGCUGGAAAACCAAAGAAUUAGUGGGAGCUGGAGGAUUUUUCUGAAGAACAGCAGGCAGUUUAACUGUUCAGGACAAACAAGGGACUCAUGAACAACUAUCACUAAACAAAAAACAAAGCUGUGGACCAUUCAGGGAACAAGACAGUAUUAAGAAACAAGGGGGUGUAAACUUUUGAACUGAGUCAUUUUUAUAAAUUCAACUAUUAAUUUCUCUUGUGGACUAUAUGUAAACAUCUUUAAUGUGAAAUACCUUAUUCAGGUCAGUACUACAUAAAAUAAUAACAUGCACUUUGUAUGAUCCCUCUGAUUUUGGUAAAAUAAUUAACAUUUUGCAUAAGCUUUUGGCAUUUGAACAGCACCCAGCUGGGAUCAUGCGUAUACUCGUAGAAAACAAUGUGUGUGAAUUUUAAAGACGUGGUGCGGAGCAGAACUGUGCUUCUCGUCCGGUAUGUGACCGCAUUAAGGCUGGAAUAGCCUCUUGUUUGUUGAGGUGGAACUGACACAGAUGACUUUUAAGGGAUGACACUGUAAGCUAGGCUGGUAGUUUGCUUUUUCCACCGACGAGGAUAGAGGAGAGGGCCACGGUUCAAGAGUCACGGUUCACUACUGUAAUAUAAUAUAGUAAUGUAAGGAUUUACAAAGAGACAACACCUAAUGCCUCUUUGAUUUAUUGUUGAUUUUGGCAAAUCUGCUUUUCCACACAGAAAUUAAUAUUCAGUGAAGCUCCUCCCACAACAAUCACACAUUCAGCAAAUCACCAAUAAAUGCUGGAAUAUUCCCAUCAGUUUACGAGUGAAGACGAGCAUCAGAGCAUCAGGAAGAGCUGAAAUCUGCAGAGACUGAUUUAUUAAAGAGGACAGAGAGAAGAUGAGAGAUCCAGAACCCUGCAGAAUCAAACACACUGAAGAUACUGAACAACAAACAGAGUUGAUUGAAGAUAUUGAGGAGAAAAAUCAUGUCAAAAGUGGAGAAAAACCCAAGCAGAAAGAUUUAAAGAAAAAAAGGGCCAAGAAAUCUUUCACCUGCACUCAGUGUGGAAAGAGUUUCACAUACAAACAUCAUCGAGAGCGUCACAUGAGAGUUCAUACUGGAGAGAAACCGUUCACUUGUGAUCAGUGCGGGAAGAGUUUCAGACACUCAUCAACCCUUAAGGAUCACAUGAACAUCCACACUAGAGAGAAACCGUUCACUUGUGAUCAGUGCGGGAAGAGUUUCUCACUUAAAAGAGACCUUACGACACACAUGAGAGUUCAUACUGGAGAGAAACCGUUCACUUGUGAUCAGUGCGGGAAGAAUUUCAGACGGUCAUCAACCCUUAAGCAUCACAUGAACAUCCACACUAGAGAGAAACUGUACACAUGUGAUCAAUGCGGGAAAACAUUUUUGAGAGCUUCAUACCUGAAGACACACCUGAGAGUUCAUUUAAAUGAGAAGCCACAUUCAUGUCAUUUGUGUGGAAAGAGUUUUUCACGUCUACAAAGUUUGAAAUUACAUCAGAAAAGACAUACUGCUGUGAGAGAGUACAUGUGCUUUGAGUGUGAAAAGACUUUUACUUCAGCGAGCCAUUUAAAACGGCACGAGAGGAUUCACACUGGAGAGAAACCUUACAAGUGUGAUCAGUGUGACAAGAGAUUCAGUGUGUCAUCACAUCUGAAAACACACGAGAUGAUCCACACUGGAGAGAAACCAUACACAUGUGAUCAGUGCGGGAAGAGUUUCAGACUAAAAAUAAACCUUAUGACACAUAUGACAGUUCAUACGGGAGUGAAACCGUUCACUUGUGAUCAGUGCGGGAAGAGUUUCACACAAUCAUCACGCCUUAAGGAUCACAUGAACAUCCACACUAGAGAGAAACUGUACACUUGUGAUGAGUGCGGCAAAACAUUUUUGAGAGCUUCAUACCUGAAGAAACACCUGAGAGUUCAUAUAAAUGAGAAGCCACAUUCAUGUCUUUUGUGUGGAAAGAGGUUUUCACAUCAACAAAGUUUGAAAGAACAUCAGAAAAGACAUACUGCUGUGAGAGAGUACAUGUGCUUUGAGUGUGAAAAGACUUUUACUUCAGCAAAGAGUUUAAAACAGCAUGAGAUGAUUCACUCUGGAGAGAAACCUUACAAGUGUAACAAAUGUGGAAAGAGUUUUACACGCAAACAACAUCUUGAGCGUCACAUGAGAGUUCAUACUGGAGAGAAACCGUUCACUUGUGAUCAGUGCGGGAAGAGUUUUACACAAUCAGCACACCUUAAGGAUCACAUGAACAUCCACACUAGAGAGAAACUGUACACAUGUGAUCAAUGCGGGAAAACAUUUUUGUGGGCUUCAGACCUGAAGAAACACCUGAGAGUUCAUACAAAGGAGAAGCCACAUUCAUGUCAUUUGUGUGGAAAGAGUUUUUUGCAUCCAGAACAUUUAAAAGUACAUCAGAAAAUACAUACUGCUGUGAGAGAGUACAUGUGCUUUGAGUGUGAAAAGACUUUUACUACAGAGAAAUAUUUAAAACGGCACCAGAGGAUCCACACUGGAGAAAAACCACACACAUGUGAUCAGUGCGGGAAGAGUUUCUCACUAAAAAGAGACCUUACAAGACAUAUGAGAGUUCACACUGGAGAGAGACCGUUCACUUGUGAUCAGUGCGGGAAGAGUUUCAGACAAUCAUCAAGCCUUAAGAAACACAUGAACAUCCAUACUAGAGAGAAACUGUACACAUGUGAUCAAUGCAGGAAAACAUUUUUGUGGGCUUCAAACCUGAAGGAUCACCUGACAGUUCAUACAAAGGAGAAGCCACAUUCAUGUCAUUUGUGUGGAAAGAGUUUUUGCAAGCUACAACAUUUAAAAGAACAUCAGAAAAGACAUACUGGUGUGAGAGAGUACAUGUGCUUUGAGUGUGAAAAGACUUUUACUUCAGCGAGCCAUUUAAAACGGCAUGAGAUGAUUCACACUGGAGAGAAACCUUACAAGUGUUCACACUGUGACAAGAGAUUCAGACAGUCAGCAGAUCUGAAAACACAUGAGAUGAUCCACACUGGAGAGAAACCGCACACAUGUGAUCAGUGCGGGAAGAGUUUCCCAAUAAAAGGACACCUUAUGUCACACAUGAGAGUUCACACUGGAGAGAAACCGUUCACUUGUGAUCAGUGCGGGAAGAGUUUCUCACAAUCAUCAGGCUUUAAGCAUCACAUGAACAUCCACACUGGAGUGAAACUGUACACAUGUGAUCAAUGUGGCAAAACAUUUUUGAGAGCUUCAGACCUGAAGAAUCACCUGAGAGUUCAUACAAAGGAGAAGCCGCGUUCAUGUAAUUUGUGUGGAAAGAGGUUUUCACAUCUACAAAAUUUGAAAGAACAUCAGAAAAUUCAUUCCGGUGUGAGAGAGUACAUGUGCUUUGAGUGUGAAAAGACUUUUACUUCAGCAAAGAGUUUAAAACAGCAUGAGAUGAUUCACACUGGAGAGAAACCUUACAAGUGUUCACACUGUGACAAGCGAUUCAAUCGGUCAUCAAAUCUGAAAACACAUGAGAGGAUUCACACUGGAGAGAAACCGUAUCACUGCAUUGCAUGUGGGAAGCGGUUCACUGAUUCAUCUUCUCUACACAAACAUACAAAAAACAUUCACAGUAAGUAGAUCAUCUUCAGAUCCAGCACUUUCAGAUCUGAUGCUGCGUCCUCACCAAAUGUGACACAAUAAUGCAUUAAGCAAUACAAUAUCAUCUGGACAAAUCUUUCAUUACAAGAGACAUGACAAAAAGACAUUAUCUAAAGUUUUCACAGUGAAUAAAGUUCAUCUUCAAAACCAGCAGAUUCAACUCAGAUUCAGUUCCUCCCCAGAGAACAAUGUCCAAAAGUUUUAUUCUUGUGUAUCAUUUUGCUUCAUGAUGUAAAUGAUAUCAUUGUGCUUUCUUAUGGGUUUCAUGUUAUGUUCAAUUGUUUCAUUUUAUUUACCGAUACUCAUCCAUACUUGUAAGUCAGUAGGAGAGAGAUCCAGCUCAUUAGUUUUCACUCUUUCACUCUAAAUGUAAUUAUUGAUUAAAUGUUACUUUUUUUAUUAAUACACUGUUAUCUUUUUAUAUUUUAUCAACAACUUUUAUUGUCUGCUGAUUGUAUUGUAAAAAAGUAAUUUUAUAAUUUUAGUGUAACCCUUUUCUUAACCCUAAUUAUUUCUCUAACACAAAUCCUGGAUCCCCGGCAGUUAGAUGGUGAAUUAGGCCGGUAUUUUUCUUUGUGUUUACAAAAAAAAAAUAAUAAUAAUAAUUCUCCUGUACCAAUUUACCCAAUCCCUUUACUAAAGAUCAAUUUAAACAAUUCUUAUUUGCAAUUCACAGAAAUUCAGUAACUUUGUAAAUGAAUUAACUUGCCAAACUCAAUAAAAUACCAAAGUACAAAUGUUAAAGAGAAAAAGAAUAACAAAGAUUUAUUUUUGUUUUACAUUAAUGUAAUAACUCCCUUUUUUUUCUUAAAGAAAACAGUAAAUGAAGAAAUUAAUAACCUUCUUUUGAAAGAAAGCAGGUAAACAAUUAUCCCUGAUGAUAUGCAAGUUACUUCUUUUAAAUAAAAGAUAUAAACCUCUUUUUUUCUCAGAACGGUUCUUGUUCUUUCACACUUAUUACACUCCUUCUUAACCUUGUUCCUAUUUUUGAAUACUAUAACUCAAUUGAAAUAUAUAAUGUCAAUUCAGAACCUUAUUCUGGCAAAACACUCAGUUGCCUCCAGAACCACGUAAUACAAUGAUGAAAAACAAUAUCUCUUUCAAGAUCAUUUAUACACUUGAGAAAACUUGCAAUUCACACCAUACACCGUCUUUCAGUACUGUAUGCACAUUAAUUACAUGUCUUACGAUCAGUUCAAAUAUAUGUA